AUGGCAGAGGGAUCUGCACAGCUUGGGGAGGAGCCAAGGCCAACGCAGCUGCACUUGGGUGAAGAUGUCAUAGGCCGGAGCACCUCAAGAGAGCCAGACAACCUGGGACGAGGCGCUGCUGUCCCAAAGCUUGCUGAUGCCUCGUUGACUCAGUUCCGGCAACUUUUGUUUGAGCUCGAGCAGCAGUAUGUCCAGGAUAUGAAGCGCUGGACACGAGAGAGUGGGCUCCUGCGAACUGAAAUGAGUGAUUUGACGGGCCUUUCAACACAGAAAGUGGAAGAUCUCCUGAGAGAAGACAGUGGUUUUUUUCGGUUUCCUCCUCAUUUGGUGUCACGGCCAUCUUUGAGAACAAGCGGCUCUGAGCAUACAUGGCAGUCCUCGCGCGACAUGGGGCCAUCGUUUGCGGCCUCCAUGCAGCUGAAAGCUAUCGAACCAUCGGGACCUCCGGAUGAAGAGUCCAGAGGCGGUGGUGAAUUGGCUGCAAUGAAACAGAAUUCAAUCCUGUCGACGCUCAGAGAGACCAACGAGUUCUCCAGGCAAUCCUCCCCGGGCGAACAGGAAGAGUUGAAGGAUUUGACCACCUUCAGCAUCAACAAAGAGGAAGAGCCUGACAACAACAAGAAGACCCUGGUUACAAAGUGUGCAACAUUUUUGCAGAGCGACAUCUAUGAGUUGGUGAUUGGCUUGUUGAUCAUCGUCAACUCUUUGGUGAUGGCUGUGGAGUUUGAAUUUCAAGGCUAUGUGGUGGGACAUAGCUUGGGAUAUCCUCGGAUGCAUGGACCUCCUGAGGAGGUCUGGCCGUCUGCCGAGCAGAUCUUCGAUAGCAUCAAUCUUGUCUUCAUCAUCAUUUUUGUUGUGGAUGUGGUGGUCCGAGUGUCCUUCUUGCGCAUGCAGUUCUUUCGUCAGAGCUUCAACUGGCUGGAUUUGGCCGUGGUGUCCUGCAGUGUCUUGGAAGUGUUAUUCGAUGAACUAUUGCCUUUGGAUACGGUCUUCGUACGGCUGCUGCGACUGGGAAAAGUGGCCCGGGCGAUCCGUGUGGUUCGGCAUACCGAGGGCAUGUCCUCGUUGCUGAUGCUACUGAAGUGCGUCCGAGCAAGCUUCAACACACUUUGCUGUUCAUUAAGUUUCAUUGUAGUCUUGCAGUGCAUCGCCGGAAUGGUCAUCAGCCAGGUAGUUUCUCCCUACAUGACCGACGAGAAUGUCGGCUUGGAAGAGAGGAAGGCAGUCUUUAGGUACUACGGGACCUUCACCGCCACGUUUCUGACCAUGUUUGAGGUCCUGUUGGCAAACUGGGCACCACCGGCACGAAUCUUGGUGGACAAUGUCAGCGACCUUUUCGUCUACGUCUUCGUGGUAUAUCGCUGUGUUGUUGGAUUUGCAAUCUUGAACGUGGUUAAUGCUGUUUUCAUACAGCAGACAAUGAAGGUCGCACAAGCAGAUCAAGAGCUGAUCAUCAAGCAAAGGCUGAGGGCCGAGUCUGCCUAUGCUGCCAAGAUGCGCACGUUUUUUUGA